UGAAAACAUGGGAUAGACGAGUCUUUUUUAAAAGCUUUAUUUAGAAUCUCAUGAUUCAUUAUGGUGAACUACAAGUUAACUUUUCUCCGCUCCAUCGUUGGAGAGCAUGAUGGUCCCUCCCUCACAUUUACGAGAUCCUUUGUGAAAAUUUUGUUGGGACUUUUUCCUCCCAUUCCCUUAAACGUCAAGUGUAAUCCCUACCGAGGACUUCGUCUCUGUGCUCUCUCUGUCUUGAAGGUGGAGCAGAUAUGAGAAGAAACGGACUAUCAACCCACCAACAAGAAGAACUUUGAGAUGAAGUAAACUUAGACCUCUCUAAACACGGGUUCAUUUUUAAUUACACACCCCUUUGAGGAUUAAACAAAUCCAUAAAUCGAAUGAUAGCAGGGGUUUCUCUGCAAUGGGCCCGGUACCCUUAAAACUCCUGCUUUCCAUCUUGGCACUGGCUGCGCUCGUGGCCGCAGCAGUGGACGAUGCCACGGGUGACGAUGAGUGGCCGCAAAAUAAAGUUCCACUGCUACAAGAAAAGCGCACGGUGCGUCUGGACAGCUCGGAGUUUUCGGCUAAACCAAAGGAAGAGCUCCACGGCAUAUGUGGCAUCGAGUGCCAGCGGGGUCUCCCGGAGCCCAGCCUGCACGAUCUGGAGAAGCUGCUCUCCUAUGAAACGAUGUACGACAACGGAACGCGAACGCUCACCACCGUCACGGUACGGGACCUGAACGCGAGCGAAAACUGGGCGCAAAGUUUUCCAUCGCGCGCCCGGCGCAGACGAGAGGUGUACGGCACUGACACGCGCUUUACCAUCGCCGACAAGCAGUACUCCCUGAAGUAUCCCUUCUCCACAUCGGUCAAGAUCUCCACGGGAUGCUCUGGAGUGCUGGUGUCACCUAAACACGUGCUGACGGCCGCGCACUGCAUCCACAAUGGCACGGACUACCUGGAAGGAGUGAAGAAACUCAACGUCGGUGUGCUUAAGGAUCGAUCUCGACGUAGGAAAGGAAAGAAAGGGAAAGGUAGGAAAGGAAAAGGACAGAGAAAGAAUAAAGAAGAGGAAAUUGAAGGAAAUGAAGAUGUUAUUGAGAAGCAAGAACGUAAGGGCAAAGGCAAAGGAAGGAGGAACCGUAGCCGACGAAGCGCAGUUUCCGAGCCGCCAUCGUUCCGGUGGACGCGCGUGAAACAGAUGCAGGUUCCCAAGGGUUGGUUUAAAGGCAUUUCUGAAAGCGUCGUGGCCGAUUACGAUUACGCCAUUCUGGAGCUCAAAAGGGCCCAGAAGACCAAAUACAUGGAUCUAGGAAUCAUACCCUCCAUUAAAAAGCUACCAGCUGGACGCAUCCACUUCUCAGGUUUCGACGAUGACCGACCGGACAACCUGGUGUACCGCUUUUGCUCCGUAUCGGAGGAGUCCAACGACUUGCUCUAUCAGUAUUGUGAUGCCAAACCCGGAUCCAGCGGUUCGGGUGUCUACAUUCGCCUUAAAGAACCCGGCGAGAAGAAAUGGAAGAGGAAGAUCAUCGGGGUUUUCUCGGGUCACCAGUGGGUGGAUGUGAACGGUGUGCAACAGGAUUACAAUGUGGCGGUGCGCAUCACGCCGCUGAAAUACGCACAGAUCUGUCAUUGGGUUCAUGGUGACUCCAGCAAGUGUCAGGGAACCUAAAAACUCAAAUAGUCACCUCCCAUCAAUUCUAGCACCUCCCAUUUGUGCACUUCACAAAGUACACAAACGGAUGCAUUUGUCAACACUUCAGCACUCUUACAUUCAUCAGUGAAGUAUUCUGAGUAAGGCUCUUUUGAUACCUUAAUUUAUUUUAUGAGACACUUUUUGUUUGAAUCAAUUGGAUUUCAGUCUGUCUUAAUGAGAAUUAUCUCUAUUAUUUUAAAUCAGAAAGUGUUUAGCAAUGGGAGGCAUUUUUUGUCUGUAUUGACAUAGAUGCGUAGAAGUUAGAUCUGACACAGAAAAAAAUAUUUUUUUUCUGAGAGAAGCAGCUUGUUUAUUUGUGGAUUUACCUUAUUAAUAAUACUGGCAGGUUUUUUAAAAUCCUUUUUUGUUUUGUUUCCAUCAUCAUAUAGAUGUUGUAGUUGUGUGUAUUUGAUUUCAUAAACUGUAAACUGUCUUCAUAGGCAUCCACUUACAUCCAUGUUGCUGUCUUUUAUAACACAAUGCAGGCAGAUAACUACUGGGUGGGUGUCCUUGUUGACUUAUGGUGCUAAUUUAAUUUUAAAUGCAAAAUAUCACAGGACCUGUUUGAGAUACAGGCUACUGUUGAACUGUAAUUAUGUAUUUAAAGGUGUGGAUUAGUUUAAUAAAACCACAUAUUUCUUAAAGGGGUCAUAUUAUGAGAUUUUUUUAAGAUGUAAAAUAAGUCUUUGGUGUCCUCAGGGUGCAUAUGUGACGUUUUAGCUCAAAAUACUGCACAGAUAAUUAAUUAUAACAUUAAAAUUCCCACUUUCUAGGCCUGAGCAAAAAUGUGCCGUUUUUGGGUGUGUCCUUUAAUAUGCAAAUGAGCAGAUGAAAUUCAAACACUGAUCACCUGGAUGGUGGUUUGUUGUAAUUGGAACUCAAUUGUGCUGUCAAUUAUUUUUUGGCUCUCUCUCUCUCUCUGCACUAAAUGGCAGUGCUGUGGUUGGAUAGUGCAGAAGGGUGGUAUUAUUGUAAUUGGCCUUGCUACCUACCUCACAAAACAGGCGAAAUCUGACCAGCCUAAUUUUUCACACUCUUGCAGAAAAUGUCUUACCCAAACUAAGUUACUGGGUUGUUCAUUUUCAACUUUUGUAGGUUGAUAGAUGCACUGGGUACCCAAUUAUAGCACUUGGAAAAAGGAUUUCGGAUUUUCAUGCUAUGACCCCUUUAAAAAAUUACACAGGGUUAUUUAAAUUUAAUGCAGGCAUUGGUUAAUAUCAUUAGCUUUUUGUAAUUAUGAUAUGGAGGAAUGCAAUGUAGCUAGAUAGGAAAUGUAAAUCUUAAUAUAAUUUGCAUAGAUUUCUUUUUCAAAAUUGGCUAGAUCCUAAUCUGUACUUUUAAAGCACCAAAUAAACUGAGAUUUAGGUGUCUUGGUCCAAAAGGACAAAUAUAGUACAUCUGUGUUUUUAAUGAUCAAAUAAAUGAUAACUCACAUUACACAUUGUUAAGCUAACAGCUUAUCCAGGUCUAGUCUAAACCUGCUCUCAAGAAUUUCUUAUAUACAGCUUUUAAUAAUAAAUGUUUGAAU